GUGAAACCAAUGGAGGAGGAAAAGGAAGGCAGUGAGGAAAAAGAUCACAUCCCCCCGGAAGAUGAGAGCAGCAGUACAGAGGAAUGUCUCCCAGAGGACGAGGAAAAAGAGAAAGAGAGCAAGCAUGUUAUCAAAAAUAUCCCAUGGACUACAGCUAAGAACUUCACAGUGGAGAUAGGACAGCAGCAAAUUGAAGAACUGAUUUCUACAUGGGACAUUCAUGAAAGCUGGCUUCACCACUCAGAAUUUCUCGAGGAAGAAGAACUGAAGGACAGCAAGAGGUACCAUUACAGAGCUUGCUGGGGCCUCCCAACACGCAGAAAACCCAUCCCACGAGCAACAGCGAGUGUCUACUUCGUUAUAGUGAUCUCCAAACUCAAACCUGACACUGCACCUGUGGAGGUGUUCUACAGACUGGAGUCCAGCAGGCUGAUUCGGAGGCCAGAACAGUGUGAGUUUAGAGAAAAGUGGCUUCAUGACAUAAUUGAAAAUAAAGUACUGUGUGCAGAAAGACUUGCUUCCCGAUGAGCAGCUCCAACUCACCAUUACCAGUCCUCUCUUGUGGAGAACCAAAUAAACAUGAUGGGAAAAAAAACCCCUCUUCCUUAGCAGUAUUUCUACUUUGUGGAUAGAUAAGAAGCAUUGAACUUGUGCAAAAUCAUCUACGCCCUGCCAUGGCAGCUGGCUGUGGGUGACAGUCCCUGGCAGGUGGGGACAGCAGGAUGGAACCAGGCUCCAGAGUGUGAAUAGGAAGAGGUAGCUGGGCAGGAUUUGCUGUUUGUGAAUGCCAGGUUUAUGGAACUCCAGGGAAAACAUUAUAGGACUUUAGGACUUUUAUUUUCCUCAUAUAAAUAUACAAGACAUCUCUGUUGCUAGACUUAGAGGAAAAAAAAAAUAAAUUAGCAGAACAAAAAAGGAACAACCCAUCUCUCAAAACCAUUUUGUUUUAAAAACAUUUGAGAAAAAGAAGUUCUAGGAGAGAUGCUUGGAAAUAUGCAGUUGAAUCAAAGAUAACCACCACAUAAGCACAGCCUGAGCAAAGCCUUCAAGGACAGAGUUUAAAGCAAGCCAUGUAAUACUGCUGAAACAGACCAAAGUAAAAUACUACAGGAGUUAAAACAAGGGUUUAAUCUAGAACACUUCCAUAAAUGAAAACAUUUCAAAUAAAUUGAAAGAUACAUCCUUGUUCCCACCUGUGUACAUCCAGGGGUUCCAAUCACUGCACCCCACUGCACUGAUGCCUAUGUAUAACAUAGGAGAAAAAGAA